AUGCAUUAAAAAACACAGUAAAAUUAAUACAUUUUUACAUUUUACACAAAUUUUUAAAUCAAUUUUUAAACAAUGACUUCCAUUGUCGAAACCAAAGCACCGAAUGCUGCACUAGGCGAGGCUGUGCCCAUUUGGUUUAAGAUCGACUGGAGCAACGAUGUGCUACAUCAAAUCUACAGAGACUGGGGCACCUACUACUUCAAUCGACGACGCGAGACCUUCGCUUUGCACUACUACAACAAGGCGCUGGAGCUGAAUGGCUACGAUUAUAUGACUUUGUAUAGACGCAGCGAGUCCAAGCGCAAGGCAGCGCAGAUUGAGGGCGCGCUGCAGGAUGCCAGAGAUGCUGCAGCGCUAGCUGUAAAGGACAAGGGCCAUAAUGUGAAAAUCAAUCAGCAAAUAUGCGAUGCGUUGUUUGAGCUCAAUCGCUUUGAAAUCAACAAGGCCGAGUUGCAUGGCAAUCUAAAUAUAUUUCGUGGUGUGCGCAACAAACUUUUUGAUAAGCGCAUUGUUGUGGUUGAUGAGGUUAUUACCGAUGUAACUGGCGAAGCCAUGUCGCUGUUUUUCUUGCAGAACAAAAAGAUCAUACGCCGCGUUGCCGACAUAUACAAGGCCCAGCAGUUUGUGGACAAGCGUCCGUUGUGGAAGAUUCUAAGAGAUCAGGGUAAGUGCGAUAUACUCAGCAUACCCGAUGAGGGUGAAGUGCUGCUGUCGCCCUUGGAGCGCGCACGCAGAAGUCGCGCCUUCAAUGUAAUACAUCAGAAUUAUUUAAACGAUUCCUGGUGCGAUGUGCUAUUUAUGAAGCAACUGCGCAAAAACCAAUCCCUGCUGCUGAAUCAAUGCAAAUACUCACGCGCGCCACUCACUACGCUCAGCUAUAAGCAAUAUGCCAUAGUCAAGGGUUUCAUAAAAAUGCUGCAAUCGCGCAGUCCCAUUUACUUCUUGAACUUCCUCAAAUUCUCCAACAAGAAAAUGCUGGAGAAAUUCCGCGAAGCUUUUCUCUAUCGCAUACAAUACCAGACGCAUCGUAAUAUGCUGGCGGAUUUGAAAAAAAUACGCAAACUGCGUAAAGAGAAAAAUAUCAAAAGCCUUGCGCAGUAUGUGGAGAAAAUCAUGGGCGAAUAUUAUGUCACCAAGACCAGGCGCGUCAUGUGCUGGAAAUUUGAAUUCGCCAACGAGGUGUACAAUACCUUGGCCCUGGCGCUUUCCGAGCAAUAUGUUGUGCCCAGACGCACCAAAAUAGGACCGCACACGCUGCGUAUUAUUUUAAAAUUGCCCACGGAGAAGAUUCUGGACGUUAUGCCAUUUGUGUUUGGCGAUCGCAGCACUUACCAAGAAGGCGAUUUGCCAGAUGGAGCAUCGUCCAAGAAUCGCAUGCUCAUCGCACGCAUGGAAGAUCGCAUACGAUUUGCCAAUUGUUCAAUUGAAAAGUGUUAUCUGUAUCAUCAGAUUGGCAAUGUGCAUUUAAACCAUGGCCGACAGGACGAAUGCUGCUUCAAUGCGCGACGUGCUAUUAAAGAGUCUCGCAACUGCAAUAGCAUCAUUUGGCGUUUUCUAAGCCAAAUACUAAUUGUUAAGGCCAACACCAUGCAGCAUAAAUUGGAGCGCACUAAGGAAGCCUUGGAUGAGAUAAAACCCAUGGCCAUGGAGUUGAAAUCGGCGAAUCUAAUCAAGUUUAUUGAGUUCUGUCUGGUUUGCAAUUACGAGGAUAUGCAUCGAAAGUCACAGAGCUUGAGUAGUUCAAGAGCUAGUAAGGCCUCUGGAUCACCAUCGAAUUCACGUUCACAUUCAAAGCAUUCAGCAGCAUAAAUAAAUUCAAUUAACAACUUUA